CGGCAUCUCGUUCCCGGAAGUCCGCGUUGGAAUCCCAGCGAGCGGGGAAAGCAGCAAUCUCGGGCCUAAUGGCGGCUCCGGAAGGCAGCGGCAGCGAAGGGCUGGGGCGAGGGGAGGAGAAGCCCGUCACCUACUAUCGCUUGAGCGAGGUGGAGAAGCGCAACUCCGCGAAGGAGAUCUGGCUGGUGAUCCACGGGCGCGUCUACGAUGUCACCCGCUUCCUUAAUGAGCAUCCUGGUGGAGAGGAGGUUCUGCUGGAACAAGCUGGAGCAGAUGCGAGUGAAAGCUUUGAAGAUGUGGGCCACUCCUCAGAUGCCAGAGAAAUGCUAAAGCAGUACUAUAUUGGUGAUGUGCACCCGAAUGACCUUAAACCUGAGGGUGGUAACAAGGAACCUUCCAAAAAAGAUCCAUGCCAAAGUUACUGGUCAUAUUGGAUCUUCCCCAUCAUAGGCGCUGUUCUCUUAGGUUUCCUGUACCGUUACUUCACAUCAGAAAGCAGAUCUUCCUGAGGCGGCCUUGUUGAAGUCUGGAAAGCAAAUCGGCUUGGGAGUGAAAACUAGAGACUUGUUGGAGGCUGCAUUAUUGCCCAUUAUCUUCGUCUCUUUGGAUCCUAGCGGGUUGGCCAGACAUCCUGGCCCCCCACACGCCAGGGCUGUGUCCUAUGUCUCAGCUGCACUCAUCGUUCUCUGCCCCUACCCAAGCUUUCCAUGUCCAAGUUUCCACAGGCACUUUUACCUUUCAAAAUUCAGUUUCCUAAUUUCAGUCCUUGUCUUAGUCACGCUGUCCUGUGGCAAAAAUGCUUUCCAAAACUUUAGACUGCAGAGUGGUCCUUCCCGGAAGAGGAGCACACUCAGACGCUUUCAAGUAAAUAGGACAAAAUUUUGGCUUAUUUUUAUUAUUUAUCAUUAAGGGUUUAGUUUCUUAAUUUGCCCACUAUGAAUUUAAACACAUCUGCCCAAGAUCCUUGUUUCUUGCUUAUAUUUAUUAAAAUACAAAGAAAUGUGGUCUUCUCUGUGAUCCUUCCUGUGAUCCUCAUGUGAUCCUCCAUGUGAUCCUCUCCUCCUUCCUAAGCGAGUAUAGCAGGUAGGCCAGGCCUCCUGCUGACUCCAGGCUGUUAGAUUCCCAAGUGGCACUAGACAGUAUUGACUUCCCUUUUAUUUCUUGGGAAAGGGAGAGAGGAUAGAUUGGUGUGAUAGGAUAAUUGAUAGUAAUGUUUCCGAAAAAUAUUGAAAACCAUUAGGACAGGAAUGUAGAAAUGACACCAGUUUAUAGCCAUUGAUUUCCCCCAUCUCUCUCUUGCUCGCUCUUUUUCACUUACUUUGUGGCAUCAGGGAUAGAACAUUUGAUUUGUGUUCUACCGCUGAGCUAUAUUAUAUUCUCACCCUCCACCCCCUCCUGCAGCCAUCUUUUCUUGUUCAAAUGCAAAUUUAUAAUUACGUCUGAGGAAUUUUACCAGAAAAUUUUGAUGUUCUAUGUUUAUUGCCUCACUUUAGUUCCACCUUUUAUAAAAUGAUUCAAAAUUGAUCCAAGGUAGACUCUUUGAUCUGUUUACCACUUUCAUAUAGUAAAAUGUUAGAUUGUGCGCAAUUGUAGCCAAGAAUGUUUUCUAUUACCUUGCUGGCAAUUCCAAUUUGUGAUUUUGUUUUGUUUUCCAUUGAGAAUAAAAAAAAGACCAAACUGGUAA